AGUUCCCAACGCGAUUCGACAGCGAACACGCGCGAGUUACCUCACUAGCUGACACGACACCGAAACAAUGUCAACAAGAGACGGCGGACCGGCAGUUUGCAACAGCUGCAACUCAGUGAUACAGGGCAGAAUCGUGACGGCGCUGAACAAGAAAUGGCACCCGGAGCACUUCGCCUGCAACACGUGUCGCAAGCCCAUCGACGGCGCUAAGUUCCACCAGCACGACGGCGGCGUGCACUGCGUGCCCUGCUACGCCAAGAACUACAGCCCGCGCUGCCACGGCUGCGGCGACCCCAUCACUGACCGCGUCAUCCAAGCGCUGGGCGUGUCGUGGCACUCGCACCACUUCGUCUGCGGCGGCUGCAGGAAGGAGCUCGGCGGAGGCGGUUUUAUGGAGCAGGCCGGGCGGCCGUACUGCUCGUCGUGUUACGCGGACAAGUUCGCGGCGCGGUGUGCGGGUUGCGGCCAACCCAUCGUGGACAAGGCCAUCAUCGCGCUUGACGCCAAGUGGCACGCCAAGUGCUUCACUUGCAAUAAAUGCAGAAACCCGGUAACAGACUCCACGUUCUCGGUAAUGGACAACAAGCCUCUCUGCACCAGAUGCGCGUAGACGCACCUGACAAACCGACAUAUAAUCACCCAUCGAUAUAUUUACCGAUGUCUAUUUAUUAUAAAAUAAGUGCACUAAAAGUACAUACAGCACGCACGAUGACAAUGUUAAGCUUUACAUUUAAAUAUGUUGUUUAUGGGAUUCUUUUAAGGUCCCAAUUUGUCUGAAUCCCUUGACGUCUCUCAACAAAUAAAAACAUAUUUUGGAUAUAUUUUACGUCUAUCAUAGAGAAAUGGGGAUUUCGCUAACAUAGUAUAUAUUUUUAUACACAACAAGUGGUCGCUUUAAAGACAUUUUUUUUUUUUGUAAAUAAAGUUUUUAAUAAUUUAUGCGAAGUGACCGCGACGCCGUGUACGUGUUUCGGUCGCAAGGAUUGCUAUAUUAAAUAUUAUAUUGCUAGAUUCUACAUUUUUUACGCUUCACGAAAACUUGCGUUUUCAAUAAAGCACUUUUGUUUUU